AUGGAUCCCAACAUCCCAGCUACCGAGACAAAGGUCCUGACCACGGACAAGCGCGGCCGUCCCCUCCGGGCAGAUGCUGUCGUCCUGAUGCACCGUGGGUGGGAGUUCCGACCCCAGUACCCGCCGACAGAACAGACCCGAGUUAGGAAGAUAACCAACCAGCUCAAAGAGUGGGCCAAGAGGGGAUUCCGGCCUUCCGCUGCGCCUAACAUCUCUAGGGACGACCUGCUCUACCUCCAGCAGAUAUUCCCACGGCUUCGCCGGUUUGGCGGCCAGCCUCAGCUACGGCUACGCCAGUGGCUCGACAUCCACCAAGACCGUAUUCAGGGUUGGCCCCUCGGCGACUUUCUCAACACCGAGGAAGAGGACCAGCAGCGCGGUAUUGAGCCUCGCCAGCCCGGCUGUCCCCCGGAAGUGAUGGAGGCCUGGAGGACACAUCCUGAGAACCCGAACCGUCAAGUCGGCGCUGCCCAGGCACCCGCGCAGGGGACUCAGCCAACACAGCGGGCUCAAGCGGCACAGCAACCUCAACAGACCGGGUUGGGGCAGUGGCAACAUACACUCCCAUCUUAUCCGCCUGGUCCUCUAUCUAACUACAGUGGCCAACUAAACUCCGCUGCCGCUGCGUCUGGCGCUCCGCAACACAACUUCGGGAACCUGCCGGCACCCACAGUCGCCUUCCCGUCCCCCAACCGCGGGCUUUUCGAUGCUUCACAGCAGCAGCAGCAGCAUCAAUCGCCACAGGAAGAGGUGCCGCUGCUUCGGCAGCAAACCAACGAUUCGGUUGCCCCACCAUUCAACCCUUCGUAUGGUCAAGAUAUCCCGAUCGCGCCUGAGCUGCUUCGCGAGCCAACCAAUCAUUGGGUACGGCCAAGAUAUCCCGAUUCCGCCUGA